GAGGGUUGAGAGAGAUAAAGGGCAUCCUCUCACAUCUAUCAGGGACUUAGACACUAUCCUGAGGGAAGUGAAGUGAUCAACAGCUUCUACACACCAUCUCUUACACUAGUUUCCCUCUGUUACCACAGCCUGGUUUGGAUCAGGGAUAUUCCCUCUGGAGUACACCUAUAAUAGACACUGAACUUCAAAACCUCUGGACAACCCACUCUGGCUACCUCUACCUGGAACCCUGACCAGUGUGGAACUUGUCCUGCUCAUCCAGUGGAAAUACCCACUGUAACUGGUCUACUAGGACUUUUUCAGGUCUACUCAUCUGAGGUUUCCUCACUAAAACAACCCUUGGGAUAUCCAGAAAGUACGACUCAAAAAAUUAUUAUUUCUUUGAAUUGGACUGGACAUAUCAUCUAAUAUUAUGGGACAUAUCCUAAAAAGAGGAGAAAGUAAACAUUGCAAUGGGGCCUUCUGCUGUAAUGAUGACUAGUCUUCUGUGAACUAUGGAGAAGUCUGGUCCGAUGCUGGCUUCUAUUCCCAAUCGCACAGGGGCCAACCUCACAACCAGCCUAUGGGGACCCAACCCCACAGUUCCUGCAGAGGUGGGAGUGGUCACCGGCUCCCAGUCUCAGAUCAAGGAUCUGAUUGGGCUGUUUGCAAUGGUGACCCUUAACCUCAUCGCCCUAUUGGCUAACACUGGAGUCAUGGUGGCCAUAGCCCGCGCCCCUCACCUGAAGAGGUUUGCCUUUGUGUGCCACCUGUGUGCAGUGGACCUGCUGUGUGCCAUCCUCCUCAUGCCUCUGGGCAUUAUCUCUAACUCACCCUUCUUCGGCACUGUGGUGUUCACCGUGCUGGAGUGCCAGGUCUACAUCUUCCUCAACGUGUUCCUCAUCUGUGCCUCCAUCCUCACCAUCACCGCCAUCAGUGUGGAGCGUUACUACUACAUCGUCCAUCCUAUGCGCUACGAGGUGAAGAUGAGCAUCAACCUGGCCAUUGGCGUCAUGCUCUUCAUCUGGGUAAAGUCCAUCCUGCUGGCCCUGGUCACCCUGUUUGGCUGGCCUGCCUACGGGGCCCACAGCUCCAUCGCUGCCAACCACUGCUCCCUCCACUGGAGCCACAGUCGGCUGAGGAAGGUGUUCGCUGUGCUCUUCAGCGUGAUGUGUUUCCUGCUACCCGCCGUGGUCAUCUUCGCAGUCUACUGUAACGUGUACAAGGUUGCACGCUCGGCCGCCCUGCAGCACACACCCACACCUACCACAUGGGCCUCGUCCAACCCGGCCAAACGUCCCAACCGUUCUGACUCCAUCAACAGCCAGACAACCAUCAUCACAACCACCCGCAGCCUGCCCCAGAGACUAUCCCCUGAGAUGGCCUUCAGCGGGGGUAAGGCUGCCCUCACCCUGGUGAUCAUUGUGGGUCAGUUCCUGCUCUGCUGGCUACCUUACUUCUCCGUCCACUUGCACCUGUCCUUCAGCUCAUCCCUGCAGAGCCCCGGAGAUGUGGAGGAGGCUGUUACCUGGCUGGCCUACUCCUCCUUUGCUGUCAACCCUUUCUUCUAUGGCCUGCUCAACAGGCAGAUCAGGGAGGAGCUGGUCAAGUUCCGGCGCUGCUGUUCCUCCAGGCCGGUGGAGCUGGGUACCUCCAGCCACGAGGGCUCCCUGCAGGAGAACUUCCUCCAGUUCAUUCAGAGGUCCAGCAACAUGGCCGACACGCGCUCCAGCGGCGCCAACUCCAGCCCCAGGAACACUCUGGACCAGGGGGUCAGGAUCCCUGGACAGAUACCAGAGGAGCAUGGCUAAACACAAUGGACAACACACUUCAAUAUGGACUAUUAAUAUUGACAGCCCUCUAUUCUCGUAGCACCCAGAGUUUGUGACCUGACCAAGGCAAACUCUGGGGCCUAGUUAACGUCGAAAUGGCCCUGUGGUUUUUCUGAUCCGGUUACAUGCUCAGAAAAAAUACUAUACUUCAUGUAUGCCUCUGAGUAGGGGCUUAUUAUUUAUUGGUAUAAUGGGAUUUAUUCAGGUAAUGUCUCCAACACAAGAUCAUAGUGUUGUUGUUUUAAUGUGAAAUAUAUAAUUAUUGUUGCAGAAUUUCAUUGACAUUACCCUUUACUGUUGUUUCAUUACAAAACUUUAUGUAAAAAUGUAUGAUUAUUUGAUGAUUAGUUUGUAUGAAUUGUAUGUUGUGAAAUAACAUUUAUUUGAGUUUACUGAUGUUUCCAAUGAACAGUGAGGAAUGCUGUAGGAAUACUGAUAUUUUCACCUUUUACAGCGGCCAUGUAAAGGUUCUUAUUAACGUUCUAUUGAUAACACAUUAUUUAAAUAAAGUGACAAGCAUCGGUACAAUAGUAACAAAAUCAAUUCAUCUUUUCUAAUAAUUCUAUCCAUCUUACCAUGAAAAACAAUGUGUCAUGUGUAAGUAUAUACAGCUGAAGUCGGGAAGUUUACAUACACUUAGGUUGGAGUCAUUAAAACUCCUUUUCAACCACUCCACAAAUUUCUUGUUAACAAACUAUAGCUUUGGCAAGUCGGUUAGGACAUCUACUUUGUGCAGGACACAAGUAAUUGCUCCAACAAUUGUUUACAAAGAGAUUAUUUCACUUAAUUUAAAAUGCACUGUAUCUGUGCCUUUAAACAGCUUGGGAAAUUCCAGAAAAUUAUGUUAUGGCUUUUAGAAGCUUCUGUUAGGCUAAUUUACAUAAUGUGAGUCAAUUGGUGGUGUACCUGUGUAUGUAUUUCAAGGCCUACCAUCAAACCCAGUGCCUCUUUGCUUGACAUCAUGGGAAAAUCCAAAGAAAUCAAGACCUCAGAAAAAAAAUUGUAGACCUGCAUAAGUCUGGUUCAUCCUCGGGAGCCAUUUCCAAAUGCCUGAAGGUGCCACGUUCAUCUGCACAAACAUUAAUCGUAUUCAAGUAUAAACACCAUUGGACCACGCAGCUGUCAUACCACUCAGGAAGGAAAUGCCUUGUCUCCUAGAGAUACAUGUACUACUAAAUGUACGAAAAGUACAAAUCAAUGCCAGAACAAAAGCAAAGGACCUUGUGAAGAUGCUGGAGGAAACAGGUCCAAAAGUAUCUAUAUCCACAGAAAAAUGAGUUCUAUAUCGGCAUAACCUGAAAGGCCGCUCAGCAAGGAAGAAGCCACUGCUCAAAAACCACCAUAAAAAAGCCAGACUACGGUUUGCAACUGCACAUGGUGACAAAGAGCGUACAUUUUGGAAAAAUAUCCUCUGAUCUGAUGAAACAAAUAGAACUGUUAAGUCAUAAUGACCAUCGUUAUGUUUGGAGGAAAUAGGGGGAGGCUUGCAAGCCAAAGAACCUCAUCCCAACCGUUAAGCACGGGGGUGGCAGAAUCAUGUUGUUGAGGUGCUUUGCUGCAGGAGGGACUGGUGCCCUUUGCAAAAUAGAUGGCAUCAUGAGAUGGCAUCAAUGACCCCAAGCAUACUUCCAAAGUUGUGGCAAAAUGGCUUAAGGACAACAAAGUCAAGGUAUUGGAGUGGCCAUCACAAAACCCUGACCUCAAUCCUAUAGAAAAUUUGUGGGCAGAACUGAAAAAGCGCGUGCGAACAAGGAGGCCAACAAACCUGACUCAGUUACACCAGCUCUGUCAGGAGGAAUGGGCCAAAAUUCUCCCAACUUAUUGUGGGAAGCUUGUGGAAGGCUACCAGAAACGUUAAACAAUUUAAAGGCAAUGCUACCGAGUGUAUGUAAACUUCUGACUCACUGGGAAUUUUAAUUUUACCUUUAUUUAACCAGUUAAGAACACAUUCUUAUUUUCAAUGAUGGCCUGGGAACAGUGGGUUAACUGCCUGUUCAGGGGCAGAACGACAGAUUUGUACCUUGUCAGCUCGGGGGUUUGAACUCACAACCUUCCGGUUACUAGUCCAAUGCUCUAACCACUAGGCUACCCUGCCGCCCCGGAAUGUGAUGAAAGAAAUAAAAACUGAAAUAAAUCA